AUGAAGUUCAGUGCUGUCUCAUUACUUGCAAUUGCAAAUGCAGUAUCUGCUGCCACAUACUACGGCAACUCAUCUACUACAAGCUCUGCCUCAGCAACCUCAAGCUCAGUUGCAGUUCCUUCUGAUGGCUGUGACUAUUCUGGUUCUACCAGUUCUGGAUUUAUUGCCAACAUUUACAAGUUCGUCGCUGGUACUACCAUUGACGAAGCCUACUUUGAAGGUGGAUACACCGCUGGCGGAUUAGAAACCACCAAAUCUGGUGUUACCAGUCUUGCCAAUAUCAUUCCAAACAGUGGAUACAAUGCAACUGCUUCCACUUUGGAAUUAGUCGGUUAUGUCAGCCCAGAGUCUGAUGGUGAGUACACAAUUUCUUUAUCUGGUGUGCCAAAUGAUGCUGCUAUCUAUUUCGGUGCCGAAGGUGAAUCAGGCUGUAGCUCAUUAAAGAAGAGAGCAACUGGUACUCCAGUCGUUAUUGAAUCUUCCGGUGAUGUCACAGCUGAACUUGUUGCCGGAACUCUUUACCCUGUUACUAUUAUCUACGCUGAUGUCACUUCAACUACUGUGUUCACCAUCACUGUUACUCUUCCUGACGGAACUGUAGUUGAUAUCGUUGAAGUAAUUGUUAACCCAACUGAUAGUGGAAGUUCCUCUUCUGCUACUUCUGCCACCAGCGCUGCCACUUCUGGUGCCUCAUCAAGUGCUGCUACCACUACUGCUUCCACUUCUGGUGCCUCUUCAAGUGCUGCUACCUCUGGUGCCUCCUCAGGUGCUGCUACUUCUGGUGCUUCUUCAAGUGCUGCCACCUCUGGUGCUGCCGGUGCCUCUUCAAGUGCUGCCACCUCUGGUGCCGCCGGUGCCUCUUCAAGUGCUGCUACUGGUGCUGCUACUGCUACUACUACAGGAACUGGUGCUGCCACUGGUACCACUACAGGCGCUACUUCAACUGAAACCGAUAUCCACACCACUGUUGUUACUAUCACUUCAUGUUCUGACAACAAGUGUACCGCAGUUCCAGUUACCACUGGUUACACUACUGUAACUGAUGAAUUCACUCUGUACGUCACCUACUGUCCACUUACCGCAGAAGAAGCUACUGCUACCACUGCAACUGAAGCCACCACUGCUGCCACUGAAGCCACUACUGCUGCUGAUGAAUCUUCCGAAGCUACCUCUACUGUUACUGACAUCAACACCACUGUUAUCACUAUAACAUCAUGUUCAGACAACAAAUGUACCGAAGUCCCAGUUACCACUGGAUACACUACUGUAGUCGAUGAAUUCACCCUGUAUGUUACUUACUGCCCAAUUACUGCUGAAGAAGCCACUGAAGCUACCACUGCUACUGAAGGAUCCACCGAAGCUACCACUGCUGCCGAAGGAUCUACCGAAGCCACCACUGCCGCUGAAGAAUCCUCCGAAGCUACCACUGCUGCUGAAGAAUCUUCCGAAGCUACCACUGCUGCUGAAGAAUCCUCCGAAGCUACCACUGCCGCUGAAGAGUCAGCUGAAGCAACCACUGCCGCUGAGGAAUCUACUGAAGCCACCACUGCUGCUGAGGAAUCUGCCGAGGCUACUACUGCCGCUGAAGAAUCCACCGAAGCUACCGCUGCUGCUGAAGGGUCUGUUACUACUUUCCCAACCGUUGCUCCAGCUUCCACUACCGCCGCUGCAGCCUCAGAAGCUUCUGAAGAAUCAGAAUCUACUGCUGUUCCAGUUCUCGGUUCAAGUUAUGUGCAAACCAGCGAAUACACUGUUUCCAGCUAUGCUGGUGCAGCAUCAAAGAACGCCCUUGGUGGAACCUUUGUCGUCUUAUUGCUUUCUUUCUUCUACUAA